AUGGCUAUGGCAGUGAAGUUACUUAAAUUGAAUUACUUUUAUUUUUAUCCCAAUCCUGCAGCAGAACUACCAGAAUGGAUACCGAUAUACUAUGUAAAGAACAACAAUGAGGAAUAUAGGUGCAAUAUAUGUGAAGACAUCAUCAGAGCAGAUCACAACCCAUCUGAACCUCUGCAACACAUUCAAAAUGUACAUAAGGAUAUCUACGAUUUACACAAGGAUUGGCGUAAGGAGGAACAGGAUGCAGCAAUUGGAUUCCAAAUUGAAUUCCUCCAGUUGAAUGAAAAAGAUGAUCUAAAACCCCAGCCUGUGAUGGUGGAACAGAUUUGUGAGGUUACUGGUGAUAUGAUAAAGGUUGAGCAGAAAUCGGACAACGAUGAAAACUUUAUGCUGGUGCCGUCCAAAAUGAAAAAGAACAAAAUGAGCUGCGAGUUUGGUAGAAAACGCAGCUGGGUGUGGAAAUACUUUGACAAACUGACCAAUAUAAUCUAUCGUUGCAACCUCUGCCAUGUUGUUCUGUCCAUAAAGGGAUGUAAUACUAAUAACAUGAAUCGGCAUGUCCGUACAAAGCACCCAAGUGUGUUUAAAGCAGAGGUGGAAAAUAAGCACGAAGACAGUUCCAAAUGUGACAUGGAUUGCUUAGUGGACGUGGGAUGGAAAAAAGAUGAUAAGAAUGCUUUACAUUUAAUCAAGCAACGUCGCAGCUGGAUAUGGUCUUACUUCAAGCGCCUUUCGAGCACUCUGGCACAGUGCAAGCUCUGCCACCGAAACAUCUGCCACGGCGGUAACGCCACAGGGAACAUGAACCGACAUCUCAAGAUGGUGCACAAUAAAACUGCGGGUCCAGAUGACCACAACUGGAUAUGGAAAGUGUUUGAGAACGAGGAGGAUCAGAUCGCCUGCAAGAUAUGCCAAUUCAAAUGCGUCAAAUUCGACGACACCGAAAAUAGUAUUAAAUGUAUCCUGCACCAUCUUAAAACUGAACACGGUGUGGUAUCGAGCGAUCAGAUCAUAACAGAGACGGAGUAUGAGAUAGAAAAUGUUGAAUGAUUUUGAUAAUCCAUCAUUAAAUAAUAAAAUAUAAACAGACUUUUAAUUACU